UCAUAUGUACACACAGUUUGGCAAUCUCUGCGGCAGCAACAAAUAAAUGACAAACAAACCGAAUUGCCAAUCACCUACAAAAACAACAACUGGUCACUGCAAUCAACUGCGGGUGCGACAUUAUUCGUGUUUCUCCAAACUCUUCCUGUGCAUUUUGUAACAGAAACCCUACAUUGCCACGAAUUGAGUGAAUAUGGACCAAACCGAAGAAACUGAUGCUGUUAAUCGCGAUGAGCUUAUCAUGCAACAACAGCGACAAAUUGAAAAAGAGAUAAGCGACACGAUACCGCUGGUGAGUGAAGAGCAGCCAGUCGACUCGUUGAAUAACGAGUACAUGGGAGACGAUGUUUAUGGUUCGAAAGUGAGAGAUUUAGCGGCAAAAUACCGCGCGAUUCGCCGUACUCGUCCAGAUGGCAAUUGUUUUUUCCGAGCAUUUGCAUAUUCCUACUUGGAGUACUUAGCUGGACAUAAGGAGGAUUACGAUGCGUUUAAAGAGUUAGCACUAAAAUCUAAGGACAAACUUGUAGCGCUAGGAUUUCCACAAUUUACUUUAGAGGAUUUCCACGAUACUUUCAUGGAAGUCAUCGAACAUGUUUCACCAGGCGAAAAUGAUAAACAAGAACUUCAUAAACUUUUCAACGCUCAGGGAUAUUCAGAUUACGUGGUAGUCUACUUAAGACUGAUCACUUCGGGACAAGUGCAAGAAGGUGCUGACUUCUAUCAGAAUUUCAUUGAUGGAAAUUGCACAAUUCAAGAAUUCCGUCAUCAAGAGGUUGAACCGAUGUACAAGGAAUCCGACCAUAUUCAUAUUAUAGCACUUUGUUCGGCAUUGAAUGUUGGCGUUCGUGUGGAAUAUAUGGAUCGUGGAGAAGGUGGACAGGUUAAAGCUCAUGAUUUUCCGGAGGGAACAGAUCCUAAAGUUUACUUGUUAUAUAGACCUGGACAUUAUGAUAUUUUGUAUCCAAAUUAGUAGAAUAAUGAAUAUAUAAAGAAGGACGUGAAAUUGAAACAAAAACGAUUAGUACUUUGAAUGUUCCCAUGCUUUUCCAUCUAUUUUCUACGCAUAAUAUAGAAAAGGAAGAUGUUUUCACAUUUAGAGUUAGUUGACCGAAUAGAGAUUAAUGUGAAAUCAUCUCUAGUAUGACUUUUUUCUUAAGCGAUUCGCUACGCAUUUAGUUUAACUUAUGUCACUAGGUACACUUCGUUAUUCGAUUAUGACCAAAUAAGACUAUUCCUUGGUGACUACUACUCUAAGACUGUUCUUAUAUAUUUUGUACGCAUUUUCUUCGCUUUUAAUUUGCGUUUUCUUCAUGUUGUCAUAAAGCGAUAUUAGUAUCCUACGUAAUUUAGCUUUAAUAUCUUCAAGAAUAAUAAUAUGUUUUUUUCCCCGGA